AUGAAAGCUUUGGGUCCCAACACCUUUGGACUCCUAAAGCAAUCAAGAAAGGCUGCCAAAGUCGCAUAUCGAGGAUUGAAGGAGUUGGUUAAGUUUGUAAAGUUUCCUGAAGUUGAAAACACUCCUGCUGCUAAUUCCAUUAAUGAUGAGGUUGCCGAGGAACACGUGGCACCUAAACCAAAAUUUCAAUUCUCUUUUGAAGAAAUUGAAGUAUCUGAUGAUGAUGAAGAAGAAGCUCAAGAAAAGGAAUUGUCAGAAAAUGAUUUUGAAAAUUACAUUCAACAAAGUAUCUCAAUUCUUGAUGAGGAUAUAUCUGUUACACCUCCGAGCAUGUCUGAAAGAGAAAGGGACACAAUUGUGCAAUCUUCCUCACCCACCCCUGAACAGAUGGAUGCACUUAUUGCAGAACUUCAGCAAACUGCAAGGAAGCCUCCCCAAACAAUUCAUGUUGAUACUGAACCUCCAUCUAGAAGUGAUCUAGUAGACUCCGUCCUCGCUUUACUCCCAAGGAAGCGUAAAAGAAGAGAUCCUAGGCCCGUAAUGCUUAUCACAGACGUUAUUCACAAGGAUUCUACACUGAUUGAGCCUGAUUCUACGGCUCAAAACAUACCAAGCCCAGUCACUGAGUCCACUCCAGUGAUUCAAGAGAUUUCAAGCCCGUUACCUGAGUCCACUCCUCUGGAUCAGGAUUUUCAAAGCCCUAUUAUUGAAGAAGUAGUUAUGCCUUCUAAAGGAGCUCAAGCUUCUGGAAAUUCUUUUGAAACCCCCGAGUUGGACAUUUCCAAAGGCAAAAUGAAUAUGCCUGAGUCUGAAUUUUUGGAUGUCGCUCUGCUUCAGAACAGAGUCUUUGUUUAG